CAACACGGGCUUCAGGGUGAAACUUUUCACGAGUGUCUUCCGGUUUGCUUGUUGUCCAGAAAAGCUGAAAAGACUCGCGCAGCCCAGCCAGGAGAUGCCAAAUUGUCAUGGAAAUUAGACAACACCCACAGACUCGUCCUCUGACGCAGAUGGAGAUGGCAGGGCCGAGCAGCAGCACGCGGCCGGUGAAGAUGAAGGUCUGGGGAGGCCUGCAGCAGCGCUGGAAGUUGCUGGGUGUGUUUGAAAUCAACCAGCAGCAUGAACUCUACCAGCUCACCUGCAUGAUGAAGGAGGGCCUGGCUACUGCUGUGCAGAACACCAUCGACAACCCGAUACCCAACGAACUCUCUGAAGAUGAUUACCAACUUGAGGUGACACAAAUCCAUAAGGACUUUAGGAUGGAAACGUUUGCAGGGCCAGUGUUUGCCAGCCUGCGGCGCUCUCUGGGGAUGACCGAGAAAGAGUAUCAGCAUUCUCUCUCCUCUGAAGACUGCUACCUGCAGUUCAUCAGCAAUUCAAAAAGCAAAGCAGACUUCUUUCUAACGAAUGAUAAACAGUUCUUCCUGAAGACACAGAGCAGAAGGGAGAUUCGAUUCCUCCUAUCUCAUCUAAAGCAUUACAUGGAACAUCUGGAGAAGUACCCCCACUCUCUCCUGGUGAAGUUUUUAGGUGUUCAUAGCAUCAAGUUCACCCGUCGGAGGAAGUACUUUAUGGUGAUGCAAAGUAUCUUCUAUCCUGAUGAAAGAAUAUGUGCCAGAUAUGAUAUCAAGGGCUGUGAAGUGAGCCGGUGGACCAACCCAGCACCCGAGGAGAGUCAGGUCGUCGUUGUUCUCAAAGAUCUCAAUUUUGAGGGAAAGUUUAUAACAUUAGACAAACAGCGGCCCUGGCUGUUACGUCAGGUGCAAAUCGACACGUCUUUCCUGCAGACACUGAAUGUACUAGACUACAGCCUCCUGCUGGCCCAUCAGCCCCUGCAUGAGGACGAGCGUCACCCCAGCCUAUCCUUCGCCACCUUUAUCCUGCGCGCCAAGAAAUCCCUUACUGUGCGCUACACAAGGCCAGUGACAGGCAGGUCAUUAAACACAUGCUCAUCUGCUGCGGUACCAGGAGUGGUGCCUGAGGAAGACUCAAGCAUCCAAAACACAGAACUGGAUUCAGAGACGUCUCGGGCAGAAUUUGGAGAACAGAGCGAGGGGGCCUCUAAGGUUGGAUCAGACUCGGCUGAAGUGCUGGAGUUUCAGGCCCAGAACCGGCGUCUGCUGCCUAACUACAAAAACCCGAUUCACGUAAUAGACGGGCCAGAGCAGCGCUAUUUCAUUGGCAUCAUUGACAUCUUUACUGUUUAUGGCUUCAAGAAGAGGCUUGAACACCUGUGGAAGAGGCUGAGGCAUCCUAGGCAAAGUUUCUCCACUGUCAGCCCUCCUGCUUACUGUCUGAGACUGUGCCAAUGGGUACAGGACCAUACCAAGUAGACGGUGAUGGAGGGGAUUAAUAGUGGGGGACAGUAAUGACUGGAAGAUGAGCAGAUGUGCUGAAAAACAUGCUGUAGAUACUCACAUACUGUAUGGUCAUAUUAAAGCAAAAAGAAUGAAAUUUGCUCUGGUAAAUAAGAGUGCCUAUGUGUGUUGGCUAGCAUUUAGCCACAAUGCUAACACAAGAUCCUACUACUAAGGGUUUUUGGUUAAAAAUAAUAAGACUACACGCACUACAAUCCCCUCGCAAAGACACCGGAGUAAUUCUAUGUUUAUAGUGAAGUUCAUACAAAGUUGUAAGUUAAUGCAUUAAAGGUUUUCAUUAUAUAAUUCUUUAAAAGUUAUUUACAGUUUAAGUUAAUUAUUUAAAAGUAAAAUAUAGAGGUUGGUUUGUGGUUCAAAAGAUCAUAUAGAAAUGUUAACAAAAUCUGUGAAAGUAUUUCUUUUUGUGCUGACAUUGUGGCUACAUAUGGACAUCUGUUUGGUAAAAACUGAACUGGUCAGUGUAAGAAGUGUAGUGAUGAAUGUUGGUGGGGUUUUUCCCCCCUCCUCUUCUUCAGCUAUAAAACUCCAAAGAGAUGACGCAUCCAGCUGCAGCGUCUGUUUUCCAAAUGAGAAUACUUAUAUAGUAUCACAAAAGUGAGUACACCCCUCACAUUUUUGUAAAUAUUUGAUUAUAUCUUUUCAUGUGACAGCACUGAAGAAAUGACACUUUGCUACAGUGUAAAGUAGUGAGUGUACAGCUUGUGUAACAGUGUAAAUUUGGCAACAAAAGUGAGUACACCCCUAAGUGAAAAUGUCCAAAUUGGGCCCAAAGUGUCAAGAUUUUGUGUGGCCACCAUUAUUUUCCAUCACUGCCUUAACCCUCUUGGGCAUGGAGUUCAUCAGAGCUUCUCAGGUUGCCACUGGAGUCCUCUUCCACUCCUCCAUGACGACAUCGCGGAGCUGGUGGAUGUUAGAGACCUUGUGCUCCUCCACCUUCUGUUUGAAGAUACCCCACAGGUGCUCAAUAGGGUUUAGGUCUGGAGACCUUGAGCAAGGCCCUUAACCCUCUCUGCUCCAGGGGUGCUGUAUCAUGGCUGACCCUGCGCUCUGCCCACAGCUUACUGACAGGCUGGGGUAUGCGAAGAAAACAAUUUCAUUGUGCUCUACUGUAUAUGUGACCAAUAAAGACUCAUCAUCAUCAUCAUCAUUCCUGCAAUGCAUUACAAUAAAAUAGUAAGCAUU